AUGGCUGAUGUGAGCAUAGAAAGGUUCAAGGCCAGGCUAGUCGACAGUGGUAUGCAAAAUUGGUCACUGUUUUUUAUUCCAGGGGUUAUGUUCAUUCCUUACAUGAUUAUUCUCUCUUCUACAAGAAAUCAGCUUCUUCCACAAUCUUUGUUGUUGUGUAUGUUGAUGAUGUCAUUAUUACUGGGACCAGAGAUCACUGAUCUGAAGAUCUUAUUGCAUGACCAGUUUAAGAUUAAGGACCUAGGCAAGCUUCAUUACUUCCUUGGUUUAGAGGUCCUUUACAAAGAAGAUGAGAUUAUCAUCUCCCCGAGAAAAUUUUCACUGGAUCUCUUAAAGGAGUAUGAUUGUCUCCAUUGCAAUAGCCUUACUUCUCCUCUUGAUCCUACUGUCAAACUAAGGGCUAAAGAAGGAGUUAUUCUUUCAGAUCCUACAUACUACAGAAAACUGAUAGGCAAGCUUAACUUUCUCACCAAUACUAGAUUGGAUAUUGCUUUUGGUGUGCAACACUUGAGCCAAUUUAUGCUAGAUCCUAGAGAACCCCACCUACAGGCUGCAUUCCACUUGCUUAGGUACCUUGAGGGUGAUCCUACACUUGAAAUUUUUCUAUCCAAUGAUCAUGACUGCACCAUUAAAGGGUAUUGUGACUCUGCCUGCCUAGAUUCUAAGAGGCCAGUCAGUGGUUACUUGGUGUUGUUGGUCACUAGUUCUAUAAGCUGGAAGUCUAAAAAGAUGGAAACCAUUUCUCUUUCCUCAGCUGAAGUUGAAGAUGAAUAUAAGUCUCUUAGAAAGGUGAUAGGGGAAUUGACAUAG